AUGACUACCGAGCUCAUUUUUCACGGAACCGGAAACUCGGCUUGCCUCCCUAACAUUGCCUGCCUUGUCGCUCCGCCUGGGGCUCCGCGGUGCAUGACCUGCUACUCAGGUGCCAACCCCGGUCUGUCGCCAAAUCCACAUGAAGCCGUCAAGAAUAGACGGCGGAACACCGGCGCGAUCCUUCGAGUCCGAGAUGGUAGGAAGGAUUCUGCCAGAGUGGUAGUAAUCGAUGCCGGUAAAUCGUUCGUAGCGGCCGCGUUAGAGUGGUUUCCCAAGUAUGGACUGAGCCGCAUUGACGGUAUUGUUCUCACACAUGCUCAUGCAGACGCAAUGAACGGCUUGGAUGAUUUGCGUUGCUGGACGCUUCAGUCCGUGAUUCAAGAGAGCAUCGAUAUUUAUCUUUCUCAGCGUACUUUUGAAGAAGUCCAGCGUACCUUUCCGUAUUUGGUCAAUAAAGGAAUGGCCACCGGAGGAGGCGCAGUCCCAGAAUUCCAGUGGCAUAUCAUACAGGAGUAUAAUGACUUCGAGAUAUGUGGUGUUCUCAUUACCCCGGUCCUUGUCCAGCACGGUCGGUAUUUCGGUCCGGUGACCGACAUGAUUUCACCACCCCUCUCGCCACCUCUCUCGCCCCCACUCACUGCGGUGAGCACGCCGACCUUGUCGCGCAACGGAUCAUUUCAGACUUUCGGCUCCUUUCCGUUCCCGCAUCUCAGUCAGGCGCAGUUUACGUCUCCCGCGAAACCUCUGGCCACUCCAUAUCUUGCAUUCGGCUUUUUGCUGCCAAAAUUCUUAUACUUGUCCGACGUUUCCGAGAUUCCGUCCUACACGUUCGACUUCUUGGCUUGCCUACCCGAAUGGCGCAAGCCACAAGUCGCAGUUAUCGACUGCCUGCGUCCCC